AUGGGUUCACUGCAGCGUGCCAGCAGCGGCGGCGACAUGGCGACGGAGCUGGAGAAGCAAGACGGCGAGGGCGAGACGUCAUCGCCGUCGGCGCGGGUGCGGCUUCUGGAGCGGGAGGUGGCGGUGGCGAAGCAGACGGAGGCGAAGAUGCUGGAGUCCCUGAUCCACCGGACCAAGGAGCUGGAGCAAGCCAAGAUCGCGCUCGAGGAAGCCAAGCUCGAGGCCGCCACGCUGCGGCAGGGCGCGGUCGCGGCCGGGCCCACGCAGGGGCAGUGGAGCGUCAUGGACCUCAUGUUCGGCGGCGUCGACGAGGAGAUCAACGGGCUGAGGGGCAGCCUCCGGUCGGCGCUGAUCGCCGAGGAGAGGAGCCGGACGGCGGGGGACGACCUCGCCGCCGCGCUCUCCGUCGUCACCAUGGAGGCCAAGCAGGUGAAGGCGUGGCUGUCCGACGCGCAGGCCGAGCUCGAGCGCGCCAACGCCGAGGCCGGCCGCCUCGAGGGCCUGCUGCGCACCGCCGAGGUGGACCUGGGGUCGACGACCGAGCAGCUCGACGGCGUCAUGUCCGAGUGGAAGGAGGCCACGGCUGCGUGGCGCGCCAGGGAGAAGACGCUGCUCGGACGCGCCCACGCGGCCGAGGAGGACGCCGACGGCGCCCGGCGUGACAACGCCGAGCUCGCCGAGCUGCACCGGGCGGUCAACCACGAGAACGGCGGCCUAGGGCGCGCGCUGGAGCGAGCGGUGGAGGAGGCCAACGCGGCCAACGAGUCCCUCGAGUUCGCGGGCAGCGAGAACUCGAAGCUACGCGACGCCAUCGCCGAGAAAGAGCGCGCCAUGGAGUCCCUGAGGCUGGAGAACGAGUCGCUCAAGGCCAGCGAGGCUGCCGCGCAGGGGCGGGCCGUGGAUCUAAGCAACCAGCUCACGGCAGCAACCCAAAAGUCCACUGCCGCCGAUGGAGGCGCCGGCGGUGGAGAGAAGGCGGCGGGGCUGCUCUUGGAGAAGUGGAAAGCCGAUGCGGAGGGAAAGCUCAGUGCGGCGGCGUUCCUGGACUCCGGCAGGGUGAUGGCCGCAAGCCGGAAGGAUCGGAUGUUCGCGUCCAUCAGCAACAUCGCGGAGCUGAGGUCCGCGGCGGCGGCGGCGGCCAUGGACGACUACGACUACGAGUUCGACCACUUCGAUGACGGAAGACAGUACGGCGGCUUGGAGCAUGCCAUGAAGCACAAGAAGAGGAAGUCUGUUCUACGCAAAUUCGGGGAUUUCUUUAGGAGGAGAAGCCUGCAUAAGUCAGACUUUGCGCCGGUUCUAGCUAGGUAG